AUGGGUUUAGGGCCUAUAAAGUUCACGAAAUUUGGUUACCAUCAUCUCACCAGUUUUGACAUCGAAAAUCUUCAAACGAGAGGUUUCGUUAAAGUAGGAAAAUGGUUAGAAAACGAAAAACACUUGACAAUUAAUUCAGAAAUCAUAUUUCCUGGGCAAGCCAUAAAACCUCCUGAUGAAUCUCAUGGCAGUCUUCACGGAAAAACACUUAAUAUUGGAAUAAUUAUAAAAAUAGAUUUGGGCCUAGCUGCCUUCACGGUAUCUUGGAAAAGACAAGAAGUUAUCACCUUUACAGCUCCUUACUACGAUUUAGGUUUGGCUAUAUUAAUGCCAAAAUAUAAUGCAAAAACUAAACAAAAUUAUUUUGCAUUUUUAUCACCUUUCGAAACAACAGUGUGGCUUACCAUUGCUGUGUCGGUGAUUUUUACUUCUCUAGUGCUCGUUAUAUGUGUAAAUUUAACACCAAAUAAUUUUAACAACAGUAGAAAGGAGAUAAGAAAAACAAAUCAAAGCGUUAGAGAUUCUUCUUGGAUCACUUUUCCACAAGCAUUUUGGUGGAGCUUCUCGUCGCUUGUAGCCCCGGGAACAGAAUUUGAACAACAAAAGAAUCUUCCGGCAAGAAUUGUAAUGGUGACAUGGUGGCUAACUACCGUUAUUCUUAUUGCAGCAUAUACAGCAAAAUUGGCAGCAUUUAUGACAGUCCAAAAUAUGAAACAAGAAGUUAAUUCUCUGGAAGAUUUGGUGAAAUUGAGUACAAUUCCAUUUGGAAUUCUGAAAGAUUCUUAUGUUGAGAACUUUUUCGCCAGCAGUCACUACGAAAUGCAUAAAAUAGCUUACAAGAUGAUGAAAAAUUAUAAUACAUUCAUAAACAAUACUCUCGAAGGCGUAGAGAGAGUUAGAGCAUCGUAUUAUUUGCCAGAGGGCCACAAGGAUCGUUUUGCUCUUAUUUGUGAUUCACUUGAUGUGGAUUACGCUUCUAUGCAGAGGCCAUGCAAUGUCGAACGAGUUGGAAGACUUUUCGGAUUACAAAAUUACGGUCUUGGUUUGCCCAAAGGUUCUCCGUUUGAGAAACAAUUCACAUCAUCUAUUUUAAAGCUAAGAGAAGAAGGAUAUAUGGAUUUUUUGAAUAAACGAUGGUUUAUCAAUAAUUGUCCAGAUAACAGAAUAGGAAGCGAAGAACAUCAAAUGGAUAUUAACAAUUUAGCUGGAGUUUUUCUGUGUUAUUUGGGAGGUCUUUUUGUUGCGCUCUUGUACGUAACUAUCCUGUGGAUAAAAGAAAAGACCAAGAGCAAGAAGAAAACAGUUGUUUCACCCAAUCCAGAUCAUAGUUUUAUAUCGUAAGAAGACUCUUCUGGAUGAUUCUUCUUCACUUUGCUGUUCUUCACAUUUUCUCAC